UCGUCCGAACUGAACUAAGUCCACACUGUCCUAAAAAAAGCCAGGAAAGUCCUCGUUCCGGUCGCCUCCGCCUGCCCCCACUAUUUUACCGUUCCAUUCCACUCCCUCUCUGCCCAUCAUCAUCCUCUGCAGAUCCGAGCCUCUCCCCCACCCACCCAAAAACCUCAUCUCUCUCUCCAUCUCUCCGCCCACCACCGUCUCCGGCGGCGGCGGUAAUGGCGGACUACGACGGCAGCCACCACCACCAGCUCCACCAGAACCACCACCAGCAGAACUACCAGCUGCAGCAGCAGCAGCAGCAGCAGCAGGCGAAGGAGACGGCACUCCAGGCGCUGAACACCAUCAUCCAGCUCCACUUCGAGAAGACCCUGGAGAAGAAGCGGGCCAUCGACCAGCAGAAGAAGGAGCUGCACCGCCUCUUCCUCCUCUUCUUCAUCUUCCUCGCCCUCCUCUUCGGCGCCCUCUCCCAGCCCUCCUCCCGCCUCCGCUGCCGCCACUGCUGGGCCCCCGUCUUCCUCCUCUCCCUCGCCCACCUCGUCUUCUACGUCUCCGUCGCCCAGACCCUCCGCACCAUCAACGGCUUCAAGUACCAGCGCCGCUGCCACAAGCUCACCCUCGGCCUCGCCACCGAGCGGCUGAGGGAUCUCAAGAUGAGGCUGAGCCUCGCGAUGGCGAGCGGCGGCGGCGGCGGCGGCGGCCACGGCCACCACCACCACGAGGUGGUGUUUGACGACGGGGACUUCGAGAUUCAGUACCAGGAGCCGCCCGAGAGCUACCUGGGCAAGUUCAAGCGGAACUGGGCUCUGCAUUUCGGGUUCUUGAUCUUGGUCUACGGCUUCAUGGUCUCUUUCUCUGUCGUCAUCCUCUGUUUCUAGGAAAGUUCCUCUGCUUUUUGUUGAAGCUGGAAUCAAGAAUUGUUCAAGAAAGAAAGUAGCCCGAAAGAAAACAUUGAAAUGGGAAAAUUUCAGGGAGCCUUCUUCUCCAUCGUUAAGGAAUCUCUCUCUCUCUCUCUCUCUCUCUCGUGGGGCGUGCACUGUGCAGAACUUUGGACGCAUUCAUUGCCAAGUACACACAAUUUCAGGGGCGUGAGGUUUCAUCUCCCCGAGAAAGGGGGAGCCUUCGAGGCGCAAAGCUACCCAAAGCGACGCCUCUGCUCUGUUCUUGGUUUUAAUAUAGCUCUCUCUCUUCAGCUCCUUUUUGACUGAGUCAAUGUUAGACCAUCUACUUUGUAACGCAUACUUAAUAAAAAAAAAAAUUGAAUUGAUUAUCAGGA